AUGGGGGUUUCCGUGGCCUUUCCUUCAUUCCACAGUUCACACGUAGAGAGAGAAAGGGAGGCGAUUCAGAGAACACGAACGAAGAACGAAGAAGAACAGGAGAUCGAAGACUUGACACUGCCUUUGUUAUUCACUCGCAUAUACUAUCAUAUUGAUUGGGUAACUAUGAUCCGGGAGGGUGAGAAUCAUUACUUGAAGUGGAUGCAAUCGUUGGAUGAUAUACAACUAUCAUCACUGUUGCCAUCUUUACCAGCUCAAUCAUCUGAAAAUCCAGUUCAAUCUUCCGCGAAUUCUUCAGAGGUACUUAUCAAUCCUCAAGUUAAAGACGAAUUCAUACCGAAAAUUGAACAACAGUUUGCCAACUUAGAGGAAGUUUAUACAUUCUACAACAAUUAUGCAUAUCACGGAGGAUUUAGUGUGCGAGUCCAUUCAAGCAAGAGUAAUACGGAUGGUCAAACCACUAGGAAGGAGUUUGUUUGUUUCAAACAAGGGAAGAAACAACCAACAACUACUAGGCCCAUAAAACGCAAACGGGGUAUAAUUAGAGAGGAUUGUCCUGCAAAAGUGACCGUUGUGAGGAGAGGUGAAGGAUAUGAAGUCUCCCAAUUUGUCAAGGGUCAUAAUCACCCUCUAACGACCCCAAUGAAGGUGCAUCUUUUGCACUCUCAUCGUAAAGUGACACCUGUCCAAAAGUGUUUAAUGCAACAACUUGGAGACGCCAAUGUGCCACCCUUUCAACAAAUGAGUAUUUUGGAGUUGCAAAGUGGAGGUCUUCAAAAUGUUGGAUUUACAAAAAAAGAUCUUUACAAUGACAGAAGGGAUAAGAAGAAAUUAGUAGAUGGACAUGAUGGGAAUAUGAUAUAUGAGUAUUUGCAGAGUGAAAAAGAAAAGAAUUCCGGGUUUGCGUUUACAUUCGAGACAGAUGAUGAGCAGAGGAUGACGCAUUGUUUUUGGGCCGAUACGACUUGUAGAAAGUCAUUCAAGUAUUUUGGAGACGUGGUGGUGUUUGAUAGUACCUACGACACAAAUAAAUAUUCUUUGAUCUUCGCACCCAUAGUAGGGGUUAAUCACCAUGGGCAGACAACGCUUUUUGGGUGUGCAUUUUUAAGUGAUGAAACUUGUGAGUCAUUUGAGUGGUUUUUUAAAGAAUGGUUGAAAGCAAUGCCAGGAGGCCCACCCAAAAUGAUCAUAACAGAUCAGGAUCCGGCAAUGGCAAAAGCAAUUGCUUCUACACUUCCAAAUACCUAUCACAGGUUAUGCAUUUGGCACAUUGUGAAUAAAUUUUCUCAAAAACUAGGUGCACUUGCAUAUGUACAACAUUAUGAGGAGUUUAAAAAAUGUAUAUGGAAUUCUGAGAACCCAGAUGAGUUUGAAGCAAGAUGGUUAGAGAUUGUGCAAAAAGCACAAUUGUCUAGCAAUGAAUGGUUAAAUGACAUGUACACAAUCCGUGCGAGAUGGAUUCCUGCCUAUACGAAACACAUCUUCUCAGCCCAUAUGACAAGUAGUCAAAGAAGUGAAAGUGAUCAUGCAUUCUUCAAGAGGUACGUGUCUAAGAAAAAUUCAUUGUUGGAGUUUGUGACAUGGUUUGAUAGAGCACUUUCAAAUUUACGGCAUAAUGAAUUGGAUUUAGAUCAUAAAGAUGUGAAUGAGAAGCCUGUGUUGAAAACCUCGUGGUUGUUGGAAAAGAGAAUGAGUGAAUUAUAUACGAGGACUAUUUUUUACAAAUUUCAAGGGGAAAUCCAUCAGAAGGAUGCUUAUGUGUUUACGAAGACGGAUGAGGAUGAACAUCGUUGUUUGUGGAAUGUUCAGAGGGCAGAAAUAGAAGGUUCGAGAUUUCGUGAGAUUUUGGUAAAUAAGUCAUCAAAUUAUGUCAGCUGUAGUUGUAAGAUGUUUGAAUUCGAAGGAAUUCCAUGUCGGCACAUGCUAGCCUAUUUUGCUAGAAUGCAGAUUAUGGCACUCUCUGAUCAGUACAUAUUGCAAAGGUGGACUGUUGCAGCAAAAGCUAGCAGGGUUUUGGAUGACUUGGGUGGGGAAAGGGGGAAAGAAUUAUGUGGCAAUUCAAUAUUAAUGAGGCGACAACGUGUUUUCCAACUAUUUUCAAAUGUAGUUGAUGACGCCCUAUUAACUGAAGAGGGAACACAAGUUUUGGAAGAAGCUUUGGAAUCAGUUACAAAAAAGGUUGCACUCAUGAAAAUUUCUCGCGAAGAUGGCGAAGGGAGUGGCAUUCGUGUUCCUGUCUCUCUUGGAAGCCAACUUACUUAUAAAGAACCACUUCUAGUCAGGGCAAAGGGUUGUGGUAAACGACUUAAAGGAGGAAAAGAGAAGGCUGUCAAGGCAUUAAGGAAAUGUAAUGGUUGUGGGUUAACAGGGCAAUCACAUGACAAAAGGAACUGUCCAAAACUUCUGAACAUGUCUUCACAAUAUACUAGGUUGAAUGAUGAGGACGACGAUGAGGACGACACUGACAAUGAGUGAAGAUUGGAUGGAAAAAUGACUCGUGAGAAGAAGAGGUCUUGCAGAAAUGGAGAUGGAUAAAAUGGCCAGGCAAUAGAGAGACUUAAAUUAGUUAGAGGUUGUACUGACAUGGAAGAUCGACGAACUGUAAUUUUAAUUGUGGGACUUGUUUUUUUUUUUUUUUAAAGUUAAACGACUUGUGUAUUUUUUUUUUGUAA